CGAGCCCAGCUCAGGCGUUCGAUUUCUGUCAAUCAUUCGUUUCAACCAAUAGCAGCGUUUGUUACUGUGAUGUCUGUCUUGUAAGUAUUGCGCAUGCGUGAAUGCCGACGGCGUUUUAUAGCAAGCUCACGCGUGAAAGGCCAUGGAUUCUCAGAAAGACAUUCAGCCUCCUAAACAGCAGCCGAUGAUCUAUAUUUGUGGAGAGUGUCAUACAGAAAAUGAGAUCAAGGCCAGAGACCCCAUCAGAUGCAGAGAAUGUGGUUACAGAAUCAUGUACAAGAAGAGGACCAAAAGAUUGGUUGUUUUUGAUGCCCGAUGAGAUGAAUCUGCUGUUUUCCUGUUAGAAUUAGCUUUUUUAUCUUUGACUGUGUAAAUACAUGUGUACAAUUUGAAUGGAUCAAAAUUGAGUAAAAUACAAUUUACCAAAAAAUUCUUGAGUGGAUGUUU